AUGGCUUACUCUCCGCUUGGAUACUCCUACUCCACCACACCGCAGUUUCUGAUGACUUCCAGCUCUCUGGCCAGUUGUCUGGAGCCGGGAACGCCUCCGUCACACCCGGUGCUCCGCUCCCCGAGCCACCAGCUCACCUCCGCCACCGGCAUUGGAGUCUACACCGGCCCUUAUCCAAAGAGCCAAGGUUACUACAACAGCUGCACCAGCGACGCCACCGCGCUCUAUUCCAGAGCGCCACUAGAUCCCAAAGACGGAGCUGCAUCUUUGCAUGUGGGGACCUCUCAGGCUCCUGCCUACUAUCCCUAUGAAUAUACAUUCGGACAGUAUCCCUACGACAGAUAUGGGUAUUCAUGCUCUGACGGCGCCUCCCGUCGUAAAAAUGCCACCCGGGAGACCACCAGCACCUUGAAGGCUUGGCUGCAGGAGCAUCAGAAGAACCCCUACCCCACAAAGGGAGAGAAAAUAAUGCUCGCUAUCAUCACCAGGAUGACUCUCACGCAGGUGUCUACUUGGUUUGCAAAUGCACGCCGGAGGCUGAAGAAGGAGAACAAGGUGACGUGGUCGCCACGGGCUUGUAAAAGCUCUGAUGACCGAGGCUGUGAUGAUGACAGUGACGAAGCUGAGAAGCCACUUAAAGAUGACAAAGACCUUCCUGAUCAACACUGUGCAGACCUGCAGAGUGACCUUGAGGACUUCGACCUGCUUGAGUCAGAUGGUUCUGACUGUGAACCGAAGCCACAAUUUCUUUCUGAGGACAAUGGCGCAAACAAAAACACAGACCUCCCACAUGGGCAUCUCACACACAACCCAGAUCCACUGCACAGAAAGGAGAGACUGUCUCCGGAAUGUCCCAAACUCACAUCGGUCCAGCAGCAAAACAGCAGCUUCUAUCCAAAUCCAGACCUUCGAAGUACAGACACCAAGCCGAAAAUAUGGUCCAUCGCUCACACUGCUGUAUCUUUGGAUGCCAGCUUGCAGCCAGAAUACCCUGCCUGUAUGCUGUCAUCGACUGGGUCCUCCUCUCCUGGGUAUCCAUCAAAUAUGGCGUUAACCAAGCCAGACAGGCAACAGGAAUCACCGGUCGCCACUCUCAGAGAAUGGGUGGAUGGAGUUUUCCAUGGUCCUCCUUUCCAACAGCCCAAACCAGCGGAGGUGUGGAAAGGCUUAAAUGAUGGCGUGAUAGAUAGCAGAACAUCUGGACAAUCCUUUGAACUUGUUAGGUCUACGUCGUCUUUGUAG